UCCACAGACCAAAAAUUUUUAUUUAGAUCGAUACAUUUCACUCUUUUGAUUAUUUACAACUCAUCUAACUAUAACUACGACAUAAUAGAAAAGCCAUGAUUAAAUGAUUGGCGCUUGUUGUUGGGAGUCUUCUCUGCUUCUUUGGCAAUCAUGAGAAUUACUCCAGAACUGCUAUCUCGAGCACCACAAAUAUUAAACUGCUUAGGAGAUAGAGAACUCGAUCUUCGAGGAAACAAAAUUGCCGUGAUUGAAAACCUGGUGACGGUUAUCGAUUUGUUUGAAACGUUAGACUUUUCAGAUAAUGAAGUUCAACGACUAGAAAAUUUUCCUUUUUCGGAAAGAGUUCAUACACUUCUUUUCAAUAAUAACAAAGUAGUUCGAGUCAGCAAAAAUGUUGGCAAGUCACUUCCCAACUUGGUUUCCCUCAUUCUUACUUACAAUCGCCUGGGAAGUUUAUCCGACUUGAACGAACUAGUGCAUUGUAAGAACCUGCGUCGUCUAUCUUUGGUAGGGAAUCCUGUUACCAGACAAAAACACUAUAGGGAGUAUAUCAUCUUCUUAAUGCCGUGGAUUCGUGUGCUAGAUUUUCAAAAAGUGAAAGACGCCGAACGGAAAUAUGCAGUAAAAUUGUUUUCUGGUAUAAAAGGAGAACAGUUGAGACAAGCUAUUUCAACUGCACCGAAAACUUUUGUUCCCGGAGAGUUGGAAGGACAAGGUCCAACAAAGGAGCAGAAACAGCGUUUGAAGAAAGCUAUUGAAGGAGCUAAGACACUUGAUGAUGUAUCUAAACUUGAAUAUGCCAUAAGAACGGGUGAUUCGAAACUUAUUGAAGAAGCUUUGAAGUCUGUGGAACAACGUAUUCCAACUUGAAGUUUGAGACAAAGAAUUUUCAAAGAGAGCUAGUGGAGACUAACCGUAGAUUCUUUCAAUUGCAACGUUGGCUGUAAAAGUUAGGCACAUUUUGGAUUGUCUUUUGAAAAAUAAAGGAUGGAGUCCGGAC